AUGACGAGACGCGAUGCUUUCGGUUUCGUCAUGACUUCUCAUUCGAGACACCGACCGGUGCGUAUUAGAUCCGACGAGCUCCAGAGGCGAUCGGACGUGAUGCGAGGCGCGUUUUUAGGUGCAGCGAGCGCUUCUUCAGUGGUACUCGGAGAGGCGGCUCGUCAGGGGGGUCCUUCGAAUGUCGGCAAUGAUCUCGAAUAUCUCCUGAUCGAGAAUGAACACUGCGGAGAUGCAUGGCGAUCAGUCUCGCACGAUUCUCCAUUUCUUCCUGGUCUCGUCAUAGACAGGAGUAUCAUCUCGGCGAGGGGAGACUCGUGA